AUGUUCACAUCGUCCAGCCCUGAACAGAGAAAACCACGACAGUCAAGGCAGCUUCCGGGGGCUGCGUGCGAGGAAUGCCGCCGGAAGAAGCUGCGAUGUGACCGCCAGCAGCCUCAGUGCGGCGGGUGUAGGGAUUCAGGCAUUGUGUGCAGAGUCACCACUGAACAUCCCCCCCGAGGCCCAAAGAGUGGACAUCUCAAAGCACUGCAGACCAGGAUCGCAAGCUUGGAGCGCCGGUUGGAGCAGCAGAUGCAGACGGCCCUGCUCCCAGGGGAUGACAUUCUGAAUAUGCUGGACGAGCCGGCCUUCACCGUAUUCCCUAGCAGCGAGGACCAACUCGGGUUGCCGGCCUUCAAUAUCACUAACUCGACCCGCGGCGAACAGUGCCAGGAUGAGCAAUUCCUGGACCAUUUUGCUGAUAUGAAAGGCUCGGAAUUCACAGGAACCCUAACGACGACCUCGAUACCCGAACUGAUGCGGGCAGACCUAGAUCAGCUUUAUUUCGACCGAGUCCAUAUCUUCACUCCCAUCAUCCACCAACGUCGCUACUUAUCCUGGUCUAAAGAUGCCCACAAGAACGAGGCCCGUGUCUGUCUGCAGUAUGCCAUGUGGGCGCUGGCUGCAUCCUUCUCAGCGCCCUUCCAACACCUCCGGGACGCCCUCUACCGUGACGCACGACGGAUGCUGGAUCUGCUGGAGCUAAGUGACGGUGCCAUGGCUACCCACCACCUGGAACAGGCACAGGCGUGGAUUCUGGUGGCUAUAUACGAGUUCAUGCGUAUGAACUACCAGGUCGGCUGGAUGAGUGCUGGACGCUCAUUCCGGCUUGUCCAGCUGAUGAGACUGUAUGGGAUUGACGGAGCAAACAGCCCGACACAGGAGCUCCCGCAAACCUCUUCCAUGGAGUGGAUUGAAACGGAGGAGAAGCGACGGACGUUCUGGAUGGCGUAUAGCCUAGAUCGCUUUAUUAGCAUGCGCGAUGGUUGGCCGUUGACAUUGAACGAACAGGUGGUCACGACCUGUCUGCCUGCCCCCGAAGCAGCUUUCCAGAGUGGCAAGCCGGCCUCAGGAGGCUUCCUAUCAGAAACCAUCACGCAGGAGGAUACCGGUGCACUGUUCUCCUUCACCGAGUGUAUCAUCAUCGCCACAGUCUGCGGACGUAGCCUCUCACACGGCCAGAAGCUGGAGGUCGAACGUGUAUACGGCGAUGUAUCUCCUGACUUCUGGCAACGGCAUCAAUGGCUGGAUGCAAUCGUGAAAAAGCGGAUCGAGAUCCUGUCUCUCCGCUGUGCUUCAGCCACCGAGGUAGUAGACCCGCUGCUUCUUUUCACGUACAUGAUGGCGCAGACCACGGUGCUGUAUCUAUGUAAGCUGGUCAAGUCCGUGACAUGGGAGACGGAUAAAUCAAAUCCCAUCGUCCAGGAGUAUGAGCAGCGGUCUUUAGCUGCAGCACAGGAGAUUGUCAAUCUGACACAUACUUUAAAGCAGUUCAAUUUUCUCAAGGUCCAUCCAUUCAUGCCGUUACCUCUGUACCUGUGCGCAGAAUUCUUGUCCAUGUACCGCAGCUUGGAUGCAUCAUUUGACGCCCAACUCCAGGAGGUCCAGAAUGCCCUCCGAAAUCUUCAGGCAGUCAACAACUUGGCCCGGACGUAUCUGAACCUGCUGCAGGUGAAAGAACGCGAAGGGUCCCUGCGUUCGUCUAGCGAAGAGAUUGACCUAUGA